CAUAUCGAUAUAAAAUAUAGAUGAAAAAAGAGAAAUAAAGAAGAAAGUUGAAAUUUAAAUAAAGAACAUUUAAAGAUGAAUAAUCUGAAGCUUUAUAACGCAAGAUUAAUGCGGGUAAAAAAUAUAAUUAAUAAUUAAAAAGAGGCGGGUAAUGCAAUAAGAAGAAUAGCUAAAGAAGAAAUCAAAGUUAGUUAUAGAUAAUGUAAGUUGAUAUUAGAAUGUAGUCUGAUGAUGAGGAGAUCUGUAAAAAAGUGAAAUUAGAAGAUCCUUCUUAUUCAGAAGAAGAAGAGGAAGUUGUAGAUGUUGAGGAAUUAGAGGAAUCAGAGGAAGAAGAAAAAGGAAAGAAAAUUAAGAAAUAAGAGUAUAUUGAGGUAAUUUUAGAAAUUUUAAGUAACAGGAUGAAGAUUAUAUAUAUGUUGACAAAUUGCCAAAUUCAGAAGCAAUGUUAAAAGAUUUGAAAAAAUAAGUAGAGUAAAAAAUAAAACACUAUAAAAUGAAAUAUAUAUAAGAAUAUCAUGAGAAUCAUACAAAAUCGAGUUUUGUUAAUAAUGAUGCAAUUCCAAUUUGCACUGAUGUUAGACUAAUGGAUUUUUAAGUAUUUUUAAUUAGUGAUAAUUUAAGAAAUUAAGAGAUGAGUAAUUUAAAAUAGCAGGAUAAUUAUUUGAUGUAAUAAUGAUGGAUCCACCAUGGUAAUUGUCAAGUUCAUAACCAUCAAGAGGAGUUGCUAUUGCAUAUUCUUCAUUGGCUGAUGAAAAUAUUAGUAAAAUGCCUAUUGAAACAUUAUAAGACAAUGGUAUUAUAUUAAUAUGGUAAAAUUAUAAAUUUAUUAUUAUUUAGGACUAUUAAUGCUAAAUAUAAGGUAACUUGUAAGUUAAUUGAAUAAUGGGGUUAUAAGUUAAUUGAUGAAAUUAUAUGGUGUAAGAAGACAGUCAAUGGUAAAAUUGCUAAAGGACAUGGAUUUUAUUUAUAACAUGCAAAAGAAAAUUGUUUAAUUGGUGUUAAAGUAGAUUUUUAACUUUUUAAUUUUAGGGUGAUAUCAAUUUCUAAACUAACAGAUUUAAAUAAGGUGUGGCUAGUGAUGUUAUUUUUAGUGAAAGAAGAGGUUAAAGUUAAAAACCAGAGGAAAUAUAUUAAUAUGUUGAAUAAUUAGUUCCAAAUGGUAUUUUUAUAUAUAAAUAUGUUUAGGAUAUUAUUUGGAGAUAUUUGGAAGAAGAAAUAAUGUAAGAAAGAAUUGGGUAACCAUUGGAAAUGAAUUAUGA